AGAUACUGUUUGUCAUAGUCACAGUAUUACUCAAACUGUUCUUACCAAUUCUUGACUUUGUCAUUUCCCUCUUAACAAUUUGCUGUUCAUUAUAACCCACGAAUUUUUAUUAAAAAGUUUUUUUUACAUUCCAUUUGUUUCGCCAUGGAAUAAAAAAGAUCACUUGAUACUUGUAAAUGCGUAUCCUAUUAAUGUCGUGGGGCAUCACAUAUUGUAAAGUAAGCAUUUCGUUUAAUUGUGUAUACAUUGAUGACAUAUGACAUGCAUAUUGUGUAUUUCUGUGUUAAUCUUAAAUUCUUGAACGUUAUCAAAGAGAUUAAGAUACGGGUGCUCGAAUUCACAAAAGCAUAUUUGCGCCCAUGUACUGGAACUUACUUCUCUCAAUAUCUAUACCUUAUUCUAUGAUAGUUAACCACAUAGUGUAUGUGUGUUUUCCUCUGCAUAUAUUCAUUAUAUUGUAUAGAGAAACAUUAACGUAAAUGUGCAAUAAAAAGGAGGACCACCCCUUGGCUCAUCAGGGUUUCGACUUGGAAAAGUAUUACGAAGAAAGAGAGAAAUCGGUAUUAUUGACUGUACUGUGUGUGCGGGAAAUUCGUAUCAGCGUUUUGUUUCGUCAUAUGCGCCUCCGUUUGGUCUGGUUCAUGUUAGCUUAGUGUCGAAAUACUGUUUGCUUUCAUGUAAGCUUUAUCUUAUAUGAUCCAAAUAUAAGCCAAUGCCGCAUAGUUUAAGGCCCUGAAUGGUAGAAUUAAUUUUAGUUAGAAAAUGAAACGGCAGCGAUAGAAGUAUCAUUGAAUUUUCAGUUUUAUACAGUAGAAAUCUUCUACGAGUAUCGUGCCUUUUUAGCAAUUGAACGGUUUGAUUAUAAGAAAUUAAUUACAAUUUAUUUGAACGCGCUAAAUCAUCAUAAUGUUCAUUUAAAUCAAUUGAAUGUUUUGAUAAUUCAAAAUCAAAAUAAUUGUCAGUUACAUGCAUUGAACGGUUUCAUGAAGCGAUAAUCAACGAAUAUCCUUAAGAUGUAAACUGCAUUGUCUCUGGUGGUUUCAGACCACUUUGUGAAAACAUUUAACUGUGUGAGUGCCUUCCCAAACUGCGAUUGUAAUAUUUUGUCGCUUUGUAAGUAUUCCUAACCUAUUUGAUGGUUAAAGUAUGCGUUGUAUCUGUAUUUUACGAUGGCAAAAUAAGUAAUCAAACAAACCUUUCAAUAUACAGACGUUUAAUAAUGUAUGUGUUGUUAAAAUAAUGCACUGGUCACUAACCGUUGCAUGUAAUACUUUCAUAUUAAAGUAUGCGAGUUAAAUUAAAAUCAGUGUUUACAACAAACCUACACCAACUAUUAAUUUUGACGGUUUUGAAAUGCGUAUAAUGGAUUUAGUGAGCUCAUUGUUAAAAUAAUACCUUCGGGCAUAAAUUGUGUAUUGUUUUCAUUGUCAAAAUAUGUACUGGAAGAAUGAGUGCACUCACUAACAAAGGUAGAGCAUUUAAACAAUGUAGCUGAAACAUUUAAACGCAAUAUAUCACAACGUGUUUAACGCUCUAUUAACAAAUUAAUUGCUUACAAAUAACCAUAGGUUCUUUAGUAAUUGGUAUAGAAUUCACCAAUAACGUGUGCAUAAAACUAUCAACAUGAUUAGAUGUGCAGUACUUAUGUGUGUAUUUCGAUGUUAAUAUAAUGUUCUGUAGAUGUGAUCUGCUUUUAUGACUUAUCCCUGUCUGAUGCAAUCGUGCUAACUCAAUUGACUCAGAUUGCCCAAUAGAUCCGGUGUGCAGGUAGAGUUUACAGAUUUAGAUGACAAUGUCCCGGAUCAUUGGAAUGCUUGAAUACAACUGUCAAUACGGCCAACAGGUCUGAACCGCCGACCAGACUCCAAAGACGUCGUUCGUGCUCAAUACAAAGCUCUACCUCCUAUACAACUGAAUCGUACCCGGAAUGAUAUGUCCACAGUGUUUGAGUCUGAGCCUUGGACCGAUGACAAACACCCACAAUUAGCCAGCGAAACCGAGUACAAACAGAACUACUUCACUUCCAGGGGCGACUCGGGAAACAUGAAUCCCAACGACCAAAGCAGUGCGUCGAAAGACCAUCAUUUCGUCUCAGAAUCAGAGAAAAACAAUUUGUUUAUGCUUGUGCCUCGAAAUGUGCUAUUGCCGGUGGACCCGAUUCGGUUAACGCGCGAACAAGAGGUGGUGUUAUGUAAAUUGAUCUGUAACGAUCUUUACCGGUUCGACCCAAAGGAAUUGCGCGAGGUGUACGUUGAGUGUAGCCAACAUGACAAGGAACUGCGGGGAUUCUGUGGAAUGGAGGUCCUCGACAAUAAUCUCAGAAGACACAAGGCCUAUCUUUCGGACACACUGCGCAUCGUGGCCGCGCAGUUCGUAGACCCCAACUACCCCGGUAAAGUCAACUAUGAGCGGGUCCUGUCCUUUAUCGGAUCUGCCUUGCAGCUGAAUGCUAAAGGACAAUUAGAGAAAGGGUUAACACCCGGAAGACCAGAACCCGAAAGGGAAUACGAUGGUUAUGGAAUGGGAAAGGACAGGGAAAGUCCGCAUAGAUCAAAUUCCGACAAACCGAAAUAUUACAUGGAAAAUGGAGAGUCGUUCAAGACAGGUUCAAUCUACCGUGACCGCGAGGUGGCAAAGCUUCUGAGGAUGGUGGAGCAAGAGUUGUCGAAGAACACUUACAAGAUGGACUGGACACGCUGGCAGAACGCCUUCCACGAGAAAGAUAGGGACCACAGGGAGACUCUGUCCGCAGCCCAGAUCAAAGACAUAUGUUACGACCAAAAGCUGCCACUAUCUGAUUCGCUGGUCAACCAGAUCCUUUCACUUUGCGAGGAUAGCAACCGGGAUGGUCAAUACAGGUGGCACAAUUUCCUCGAGUUUCUAAGCCGCGUGAGGCCGUCCAAUACUGGUCUGCCAAUACCAGUAAGUAAACGGCCCCUGGAGUACGCGAAACACUAUCCAGCGCCGGUGCCGAACUGGCCCCGUACUGACGACAGCACAGAGGUCCGUUACUAUGUCACAAACCCAAAGCAAAGGGGUACUUCUCCCCGCCGGCAGUCCCCGAGACAGGAUUACCAGUCGCCUCGCCGGGGACAAGAUGACAGGGGCCAGAAUUCACCGGAUCCUGAACAACGACAUGGCAAUUUUGACAGGUCAGAUAAUUGGAAUUCACCAAUACCCAAUGGUAGAACCACUCCCCCAGUGAGAAAGGUCCGAGAUCGAUCCCCUUCUCCAAACAUUAGAAUGCCAGAUAAAGAAGAUCGGCCGGAAUGGUUCCCGGCUAUAAAUGAUACCGAGAGAGACUGGCGCCAGCCUCGACACCUGCGGCGCCACAAUAGCGAAAGAAGAUUGAACGACAGAAUUGGUCAACCAGUAGAUGGAAGGUCUUUAAGCGAAACUAAAGACCGCAAUAGAUAUCAGCAAGAGCCUGUCAGGGCAGAGGAGUGGAAGCCGCACCUACAUGACAUUCAGCCCGAGUCGAGGCGGUCAAUCGCGGAUGCUGGGGUUGAUUACCGAGAAAGAAGAGGUUAUCAAGAUGGUCCAAGCGGAUAUGUCCCUAGCUGGCAACAUCGGACAUCUCCUCCACCACGUGACCGCGACGAGAGAGAAGGUCGGCCAAAGAGUCGGGUGCCUAGUCGCUAUAACCGUCCAUUAUCUUACGCUGAGCCUCAGAGAAAUUACGACACCUACGCCCCAGAAACUAAACCCAGAAGUUUAUCGCCCAUUCGACAAGAAACUCCCCCACUUCGCCAACAGUCACCAAUGCGGUUUCGCCAGCCGAGUCCAAACAAGAUAAUGAACAAGACAAAGCAAUAUCGGGACCUUUACUCUGGCAAUUUCCAAGACGAUGAUGAGGAGCGAAACUAUUCACAAGAUCCGCCAUCUGACGCUAGACCAUUAUUCCCAUCACCUUCACCCGUACCCAAUCAGCCCAAAUACCAGUCGCAAAGCCUAGAUACUUACCCGGGGCGACAAUAUCCUUACUCCCAAUCGAAUACGCUACGGAGGAGUUAUAGUUACAGACAACAACCCUUUCUUCCAGCGUCCUCUUCUCCGAAUUUCCCUCUGCUGCAUAAACCUAACUACACGACACCACUGCAGCAGUCGGACCAAGCGUACGCAUUGGUGGAAGAGAGGUUGCAAAGAUAUGGAGACGGGUACCGUCGGGGACCGGAAGGGUACGCCGAUGGGGGAACCAGUCAGCGUCUGACACGUGCACAGCAGAUACAACAACUUACAUCCCAACUCAGAGAUCUAGAAACCAAAUACGAGAUAACAAGAGAUGGAAUGGCAAGCAACGAGCAGCCAUGGCUUGACCGUUAUCUUAAGAUGGCCCAGGCUUUGUAUAACAGUGAUAUAUCAAACAAAGGCAGUCUACCGCGCAAGGAUGUCCUCGACAUAGUGGAACAAUACAACAAUGCCUUCAAUCUGAACCUGGACAUUAGUAGGGCCAGCAUGCUAGCCAUCUCACCGGACAUCCUCGACAAAUCGGGCAAUAUCCUGCUGCGGCCAUUCCUCGCGCACCUGUCGCACCGAUAGGUCGUGCGACGUAAAGCGCUGCUGCAUUGAUUUAGUAACGAUUCUUGGUGAAAUGAUGGCAAUUGAUAAACGGUCAUUUUUUCUAAAGAUGUCUUAUAGGUUUUGCCAAUAAAAGAACGAGUGACGUUGUUUGAUUUGUAACACAACCCAAAAAGGAGAUAAUUAACGUAUGUUAAAUGUUUAUUAUAAAAUAAAAUAUUGAUUCCUCACAGAAACCAAGAUGCUACUAAGUAAAGCAAUCAUGUCAAAAUUACAAUUAUAAUGCUAUAUUACAGUGUAUCCAUUGAAAAUUG